GACACUGAAAGCAGCAAGGCAAAAUGGACUCAGCGGACGAUGAAGAUGAGGACGAUCUCCUCAGCUUUGAAAUACAGCAGAGCAUUCAUGAUUCAUGUCGGAGGGAACACCAGAACGCAUGCAGGAAGCGGGAAGCUCAGCAACUUGUGGAUGCCAUAGAGAAAGGUGACCUCUCGACUCUGCAGCAGCUCUCUGAUUCCCCAGGAUGCUUCAAGCAGACAGAUGAGCACGGCUGGUUCCCUCUGCACAGAGCUGUGGUUCAGCCUCUCGUCUCUGUUCUGGAAGCAGUUCUAUAUGCCUCUUACAGUCUCACUCUAGAGGAAACCACUCUGGAUGGAGAAACCUUCCUGACUCUAGCUGUGAAAGCAGGAUUAGAGGAGAAUGUGAAGCUGCUUCUGGACCAUGGAGCUUCCCCUCACACCACCAACAGCAAGAAUGAAUCCCCUCUGCUUCUAGCGGUGCGAGCUGGAUCUACUCGUAUGGUGUGCAGUCUGAUCUCAGCUGGAGCUCGGGUAGAGCAGGUCUGUUUGAAGAGGUGGACGGCCAUGCACGAGGCGUCCAGGUCCGGCUGUGUCAAGGUCAUGGAACUGCUGCUGCAUCGAGGAGGGCAGGUCUCCGAGAGAGACCAGCAUGGGGUGACUCCUCUGGGCAUCGCCGCUGAGUACAGCCACCCGGAAGUUCUGGAGCUCCUCAUCCAACAUGGUGCAGAUGUUAAUGCUCAGGCACCUAACGGGGACAGUGUUCUCUACGAUGCAGCAGGAUCUGGGAAUCCAGACUGCGUGGAGAUCCUUCUUCAACAUGGAGCCAAUCCAAACGUCCAUAACCUGAGCUCCCAGCUGCCCAUCCACCGAGCAGCGUAUGAAGGUCACUACCUGGUUUUGAGGAUUUUGAUUCCGAUCACCACUCGACGCGCUCUGCGACUGUCAGGCCAAAGUCCAGUCCACUCUGCUGCAGAUGGAGGCCACGCCCACUGCCUGGAGCUCCUGCUGAAGAGCGGCUUCGACGUCAAUGCACUUUUAGCGCCAUACAUUAGCGAGAAUUUCGGCGAUAUGAGGAGGAGCCCGCUCUACUUUACAGUCUCAAAUGGCGACACCACAUGCACGGAAAUGCUGCUGAAGUCUGGAGCAAAACCGGACUUGGACCCUCUGCGCUGCCUCCUGGUGGCGGUCCGGUCUGGACGCUACGAAAUUGUGAAACUUCUACUGGCAGCGAAAGCAAAUGUGAACUGUUACUUCACAGUACUGAAUGACACGGUGUUCCCCACAGCGCUGCAGUACUGUCUGAAAGAUGAGGUGAUGCUGAGGCUGCUGUUGAACUAUGGCUACGACGCCACCAAGUGCUUCCUCUGUAACCAUGGAGACGAAUGGGAUGACAUCAAUGAGGCUGGCCUCUCAGAGCAGCUGGAUGAGAAGGUUACUUUUUGUGACUUGGUCAGCGUGUCCUCUCUGGUGAACCUGGUGGGCCGGGUGGUGUCCAUCCUCCUGGACUACGUUGGGCAAGUCUCACUCUGCGGAAAACUGAAAAGAAUUUUGGAAAGACAAGAAGAGUGGCCAUACAUCCAGGAGACCACUUGUAACCCUCGCUCGCUCUGCCACCUGAGCAGACUGACCGUCAGGAGAAACCUGCAUGGUGAGCUGAGGUCCAUCCAUCUGCCCAACAGACUGAAGGACUAUUUGCUCUUUAAGGAGAACGACCUGUACAGUAAAAUCAUCUGCACUGAAGAAACCUGA